CUCCAAGGUCAGUGAGGAGAAUCCUCGAAAAGUUUUCGAACAAUUUUCAGUUUAUAUUUCCCUUUUAAAAGACAUCCUGCGUUAUGAAAGCGAAUUAUUAGCAAGGUACACAUUGGCUUAAUUAGUAUCUCCAAAGACGUAUACGAAAUGGAUGUAGAGAGAUACUUAAUUCCAUGGUAUUGAAGUUAUAAAUCCUGAGUAAUUUUUUUGAGUCUUGAGUUCUGACUCUCUCAGUCUCUGAGCAUUUGCAACAAUUCACAGAUUUCAACGAAAGGAACGCAACUGUACAAGAGUUUAUCAUUGGAACAUUUCAUAUAAGAGUGAAACAGUCUACUUCGCUUAGCGGUUACCAAAGAUUUAUAUUUUGUCUGUGAGAUUUCUACAGAGACGCAACAGCUGUAGUAAAUUGCGUAAUCUGUAAUUCGUCUAUAAUAUAAUCAUCCAUAAUGCAGCGACUACAAAACCUAAUUUGUAGCAUGAAUGUUACACCAAUGGCUAAGUCUAUCAGAAUGCUCCAGGUUUUGGAGAGAACUAGUAGUGCCAUGAUAUGUCAAAGACAUGGCCAAAGACAUCAACAUUCGAGUGCAGAGUCAUUUCUAAGUGGAACUUCAUCUUCAUAUGUCGAAGAAAUGUUCAAUGCAUGGUUAGAAGAUCCCAAAUCUGUCCAUAAAUCAUGGGACUCUUACUUUCGUAUGACCCAACAAGGGGCUAAGCCAGGAGAUGCAUACAGAGCACCACCCCCUAUGCCUAAGCCUGUGCUGGUCUACCCUGGCUAUACACCGAUGCCUGAGGGUAUGAUGCCAAUGCCUAUGCCCCAAACUGUCCCAGCUGUGGGAACAGGUGCCCCAGAUGCUAAAGCUAUUCAGGAUCACUUAGCGGUGCAGCUCAUCAUUAGAUCUUAUCAGGUGCUUGGGGCAAAGGUUGCUGCUCUUGAUCCUCUUGGUAUCAACUUUGCUGACCUGGAUCACUCUACACCUGCUGCCCUUAAGCUACAGACCUUUAAUCUAACUGAGGCUGACCUGGACAGAUCAUUUCAUUUGCCACCCAGCUGUUACAUUGGUGGGAAUGAGACAUCUUUGCCACUUAGAGAAAUCAUUAACAGAUUACAGAAAGCUUACUGUAAGCAUGUUGGGGUGGAAUUCAUGUUUCUGCAUAAUUUGGAGCAACAGCGCUGGAUUAAACACAAGUUUGAGAUGCCAGGUGGGCAAGAUCUAGCAAAGGAGGAGAAACGUACAUUGAUGGCAAGACUUAUCCGUUCUACAAGAUUUGAAGAAUUUUUAGCCAAGAAGUGGACUUCAGAAAAGCGUUUUGGGUUAGAAGGAUGUGAAUCUUUGAUACCUGCCAUGAAGACAGUGAUUGACAGUUCUAGCAUACUUGGCACUGAUAGCUUUAUCAUAGGAAUGCCUCAUAGGGGUCGUCUUAAUGUCCUAGCAAAUGUCUGCCGCAAGCCAUUAGAGCAAAUAUUCUGUCAGUUUGACUCUAAACUUGAAGCCGCUGACGAGGGAUCUGGUGAUGUGAAAUAUCAUUUGGGCAUGUGCCAUGAACGUUUGAAUCAUGCCACCAAUAAGCGUAUUAAGUUAGCUGUUGUAGCCAAUCCCUCUCACUUAGAGGCUGUCAACCCUGUUGUGCAGGGUAAAACCAAAGCAGAACAGUAUUAUAGAGGAGACACAGAGCAUAAAAGAUCUAUGAGCAUACUUCUCCAUGGUGAUGCAGCAUUUUCAGGCCAGGGUAUUGUGUAUGAGACUUUCCACUUGAGCGACUUGCCUGCCUUUACAACUGGGGGUACUGUACACAUUGUAGUCAACAAUCAGAUUGGGUUCACGACUGACCCCCGUAUGUCACGUAGCUCCCCCUAUUGUACAGAUGUGGCCCGUGUGGUUGGUGCUCCAAUCUUCCACGUGAAUGCUGAUGACCCUGAGGCAGUCACUUAUGUCUGUAAGGUGGCCUCCGAAUGGAGGGAUACAUGGGGCAAGGAUGUUGUCAUUGAUUUGGUGUGUUAUCGUAAAAAUGGCCACAAUGAGAUUGAUGAGCCAAUGUUCACACAACCACUCAUGUAUAAGAAGAUUGCUAAGCAUCCUAAGACCAUUGAUCAGUAUGCUGCUAAACUAAUAGCUGAGGGAACUGUCACUGAGCAAGAAUAUCAGGAUGAGGUCGCCAAGUAUGACAAAGUCUGUGAGGAAGCUUUCUUGGCUGCUAAGGCAGAGACAGCCGUACACAACCUGGACUGGCUAGACUCACCUUGGAUAGGAUUCUUUGAUGACAAGGACCCUAUGAAGUAUCCCGAUACUUCAGUGGAAGAAGACAGGCUGAAGACUAUUGGAACAAUGUUCAGUACACCACCAGGAGAUGGUUUCAAGCUCCACAAUGGUAUAAAGCGUAUCCUGAAGGGUAGAGCUGAGAUGGUAUCUAACAGAAUGGCAGAUUGGGCCCUGGGGGAGGCAUUCGCUUUUGGUUCUCUCUUGAUGGAUGGCAUUCACGUCAGGUUGAGUGGCCAGGAUGUAGAGAGAGGAACAUUCAGCCAUCGUCACCACGUCCUACAUGACCAGGAAAUUGACAAGAAAAUAUUUAAUUCGUUAAACCAUCUGUCACCUGACCAGUCAGCGUAUUCUGUGUGCAAUAGUUCCCUAUCAGAGUUUGGAGUAUUAGGAUUUGAGCUUGGUUAUUCUAUGACCAAUCCUAAUGCCCUUGUGAUCUGGGAGGCUCAGUUUGGGGACUUUAACAACACAGCCCAGUGUAUAAUAGACCAGUUCAUAUCUAGUGGUCAGGCUAAAUGGGUGAGGCAGAGUGGACUUGUCAUGUUGCUGCCUCAUGGCAUGGAAGGAAUGGGUCCUGAACACUCAAGUGCUCGUAUGGAGAGGUUCUUACAGAUGAGCAAUGAUGAUGCUGAGUAUUUCCCACCUGAGGGUGAAAACUUUGAAAUGCAGCAGCUUCAUGAGAUCAACUGGUUUGUCUGUAACUGUACUACUCCAGCCAAUCUCUUCCAUGUUCUCAGAAGACAGAUACAGUUGCCAUUUAGGAAACCACUUAUCAUGAUGACACCGAAGAGUCUCUUACGUCUGCCUGAGGCUAGGUCCAGUUUUGAUGAUAUGGUCACUGGAAGUCGAUUCCAGCGAAUCAUUCCAGAGAAUGGUCCCGCAUCAGAGAAUCCAGAUAAUGUAGAGAAAGUUAUCUUCUGCUCUGGUCGAGUAUACUAUGAUCUGGUGAAAUCUAGAGAUAUGGAGAAUAGAACUGAAAAGAUUGCAAUCUUGAGAGUAGAACAGGUUUCACCAUUUCCAUUUGACCUGGUGAAGGCAGAAUGUGAGAAGUACCGCAAAGCUAAGGUGGUCUGGGUACAGGAGGAACACAAGAACAUGGGUGGAUGGUCCUACGUACACCCUCGCUUUGAUACAGCUAUGAAAAAAGAUCCCAAAGCAAGACGUGUCAAGUACAUUGGACGACAUGCCGCAGCCUCUGCUGCAACUGGAAAUAAACAAAUGCAUUUAAUGGAGCAGUCCAAGUACAUCAAGGAGGCGAUUAGUCUCGUAUAGACAUUAGAUCCACACACUACAGAGUCUACAUGUGGCUGUUCAUGCUUUUCUUAGGAAAUAUCGUAGGAAUGAUGGAUUUGUGUGUGCUUAAAAUAUUUAUUUUUAUGCCUAUUCCUCUCCAUUUUCCUUUUACAUUUGAAUGACACAUUUGAUUUUUUUGUAUUUCUAUACAAUUUUGAGUGUUGACUUCGUGUCUGUUUUCUUGCUGGCGCCACUCUUUUCCACGUUAUUUUGCAUUCUAAUUAGCUGAAAACAAGAAGAAAUAUCUUUGAUAAUCAUUCAGGUGUUUGGCUCAUGCUUUAGUGACAUUUUAAUCUUCCUGCGAUAUUUCCAGAGGAACCACGAUAACUGACCAUAUUAAAAUCGAAAUAUAAGGUGGUGAAUUAUAUAUUUAUUGUUGUUGAGAGUGAAGUUGUGAGAUAGUGGAGGUUAAUAAGUUAGCUACUGCAUAAACACUGCAGAAAACAUGCAGUACAUUUCACUGGUUGUUUGAUGAACUUUAUGAACUUGGAAAAUUAAUCUGUUAUGUUAGUCAAUUUCAAUGCGAGAUAAAUGUAUUAUAAUUUUUGUCUAUUCGCAAGUAAAGAAAUAUUUGUACUCUAUCAUUUAGUACCUAUUAUAGUUACGUUGCUAACUGAUCAUUUCUGUAAUCUGAUUGGCUCAUGGACAUCCUUCUAUACACCAGUCAGAUAUUAGUUGUUUCGAACUUAUGAGUUCAUGUUUUCCUUAUCCAAUUCUAUUCUCAUUUAUAUUAUUUAUCAUAUAGCGUACAGUUAGUAUAUUCUAGUACAUGUACACCAGAUUCUAGUACAUGUACACAAGAUUCCAGUACAUGUACACAAUGUUCUAGUACAUAUAUAUGAGAUUUGAUGUGUACACCAGAUUCUAGUUCAUGCACAUUAUAUUCUUGUACAUGUAUUUCAGAUUCCAGUACACAUACAUGAGAUUCUGGUACACUAGUACAUGUAACUCCGAUUCUAGAACGUACAAUAAAAUUAUAGAAUCAUGUACCUCAUUUUCUAGAACAUUUACACCAGGUUCUAGUACAUGUGCAUCAUGUUCUAGUACAUGUACAUCAUGUUCUAGGGCAUGUACAUCAUAUUCUAGUACAUGUGUAUACGGGUUCUCUAAGAAAUCUCACCAAGUUUUGUGUAGUGUAUGAUUGGCAGAUUGAAGUCCGCAGUAAAAAUAUGCUUUAUCAAAUAUGCUUUGAUAUUUUUCAUUUAUGUUUGCAGUAUUGUACAUGAAAUAUGAAAUCAAUAUUAUAAGUAUAUGGAUAUAUAGAUAUGUAUAACAAAUGUUACUUUAUGUGGAUUCAACAAAAGUAUCCUACUGGUGCCAGUAUAUGUGUCCAAAAAACCUAUGCCUUAUGACAAGAACACAAAUUCAAGACAAUGGAUCAUUUAAAUCAAAAUGUGUUGUGCCAAACCAGAAUAGCCUGACAACGGUAAA